CCCGCUGAAAUUCAAAGUUGUAGGAGGAGACCGAAACAACAAGAAGCCCGUUUUCUUGUUUUCUGUCUGUUAGCUUCGACCCGUUUUACAGCUGCGACAUCUUCUCAGCUCAGGAUGGAAGCUGGCGAGGAAAAUGGUGGCAAUGCCGGCAUUAAGAGACAGAGAGAACCUCUGUCAGAUACAGAAGAGAACGUCUUCUCUGCAACAGAGGCGAAUGAUGGCCAGAAGCGUCGGCGUCUGGAAGCCUCCGGUCAGGAGAACCGUAGUCCUAAACCGUCCUCGUCUGGACGUCUGGCCGAGCUGGAGAUGAAACCAGACACACCGAUGGUUCCCUCGGUCCGGUCUCGAGUCCAGCAGCUCACCCAGAGAAGAGACGGAGCUCCUCUGGCCCAGCGAUGCUUCUCGGAUCCAGGCAGCGACGGUCCUUCAGUCAGCAUCCAAAGCAAAGGCCUCAGAGAGCAUCUCCUCGGUGAAGGAGAGUUCAGUCAGCGAAUGGAACGCUUCAAGGUGCCAGUCCCCCAGGUUAGCCCCGCCCCCUCGCUGAGCCCCGCCAACACCUGUCCACGAACUCGCUCCGACUUUGUAUCCGGAAUUCAGCAGAAGCUCCAGGGAACCAUGACACCGAGCUCCAAGCAGGCGUCUCGCAUUCGCCAGGAACGGGAGCAGGAGUUGAGUCAGCUGCAGUUCCAGCCGAUCAGUGAGAACGUCUGGUUGAAGAGGAGCAGCUCCGAUUCCUCCUUAACUCAGGUUAACGGUGAAGCUGAGAUGAAAGACGGGAGUUUUACUGAAACGUCAAGUGUGGAGAAACCUGUAAAUACGACAGCAGGUGAAAGCAAACCCAGCUCAUCUGAAGCUCCUGUCGAGCUUCAAGGCUCUAACAAAGGGAAGGAACCUGAAGCUCAUCGUGAUGAUGAUAAAAAGGAAGAGGAUGAAAAAGAAGAGCGGCUGGUUUCCCAACAACCGGAGACGCAAACUGUACUGACUCUGUCUUUUAGCGACGAUCAGAGUUUCUCCAAAGCUGCUUUCUGUGAGGAUCAGACCCUGUCAGAGCUGCCCACGGUCGACGAGCGGAGCUUCUUGCAGUCGACUUUUCAGGACGAGUCCAACAUGAAGGAAGCCAAAGCGACCGAACGGGGAAUCUAUGAGGGUUUAACUUUCGAUGAAGACGAAAAGAUGGACAGUUUGUCGUACGGCGAGGAGGAGAUUGAUCCUUCCACAGACGAGGAGUUGAAGAUGUGGAGAUAUCCUCGAGGCGAUGCGUGUGAGGCUGAAGGUCAGGAGGACGAAAAUGUCGUUUCUGGAUUUUCUGAAAUGCAGCAAGACGAGAAAUGUAAUCCAGAAGACGACGAAUCUGUUUUAGACGAAAAUCAGAGGAACACAGAGUCUGGUGGAGGAGGUUCUGAGGGAAUACUGCCAGAAGAUGAUGAUGUUUUUACGAUAAAACCAGAGAAGAAAGACGAUGGUGCAUUGAAACAAUCAAAGGAGAGCCAGACAGUCAGGACCAGAGAAGAUAUGGAGCUAGAGUCAACCUCAAAUGGUGUGAAAUAUCCACAGAAAGAGUGUCCAGACCGAGGAAGAAGCACUGAAGAUGUAGCUCAAACUCUGAGAGACGAAGCUCAGAGUUCAGCAGAGAUCCAGGUGUCAGAUCACCUGGAGAAGGAAAAGCAGAGUGUUGCAGCAGGAGAAGAAAAAACUCACAAGACAGAAAGGGGAGAAAUCUCAAAGAAAGUCACCUUCAUCCUGGAACCUGAACUGAUCAACGGCUCGUCAGUGUCUGAGAUCAAUACGUCCGUGGAGUCCAGGGCGGGGUCCAGUCUGUCAGAUGCUGAACUGAGCUCCCACGACGACACCAACACGGCCGACAUCAUCGACCAGAUGUUCGAGGAGGUUCUGGAGUACGCCGACAUGAUGGAGGAGGAGAGACGGGACGAUGACGAUGCCGAGGACCGGGACAGCGGCAUCGGCACUGGUUCUAUUGACAAAGACAAGAUGGACACCGAGUCGGAGAAGGAGAAGAGCGAAGAAGAAGGAGAAGGAGAAGCCAAAGAGGGGGAUGAAGGCAAAAAGACUGAAAACAACGGAGACGAGCUGCUCAGUUUUCCUACUAGUGGAAUCCUUUCACCUCUCAGCAAGUCUGUGGAGGCUGUGGUCACCCCUCUGCGACUGGCGGCGACUCAGGAGUCCAACCCUCCAUCUUUACUCCUGACUCCAGAGGAAACCAGCACCCCUCCUGCUGAAUCUGCUCCUCUGUACAGUAUUGAUGCCUACCGCACACAAAGACGCAGUAAGAUGCCGACCAUCCAGAGUGUCACUCCUGGAGUCCAGAGACGAGCUCAGGAGACGUCCAACCCUCAACCGUCCGUCAACACCAAGGAGAAGAUCGCAGCUCAUAAUGAAGAAGCAGCCAAACUGCAGACUGUGAUCAAUCAAACCCUUCAGGCUCUGAGCUGCUGCACCGACGAGGAACAUGGACGAGGUUCUCUGGAGGAGGCUGAAGCUGAGAAGCUGCUGCUGGUCUCCUGUGAGAAACGCUCGGCUCUGCUGGCAGAAGUGACCAGACUGAGGGAGGAGAGGAGCUCAGAGUCUGGAGAGGCUGCAGCAGAGGACAAAGACUACAUUACCCAGCAGCCCUGCAGAGGAACCGUCAGCAUCACCAACAUCCAGCUGCCUCUUAAGGUGGAAUUUGUCUGCUCCUCACACAGCCGUGCAGGUCGUCCGAGUCACUACUUCUUGGUCCUGAUUCGCUACGGGCCCUGCAACAUCGUGGCCACACCUCUGGCCACAGCAGCUGAUGCUCAGAACGGAGACACCAUCUCCUUCCCAACGUCUGUCACUCUGAAGGAUAUUCGCGCAUCCUUUGAGAUAGAUGUGGAAGUCUACAGCCUGUCGCACACCUCAAGCAGCAACUGCACCAUGGACCGGGCCGCCACCAAGUCACGGGUCACACCAAGAAAGCUUCUGAGUACUAUCACUCAGAGAUCCAGUAACACUCUGACAGCUGCUCAUCCUCUCAACACUCGUCGUUCCAGCAACUUUUGUCUGGUCGGCUCCCACAAGAUCACUCUGGCCUCGCUGGGACACAGCAAGUUCCCUCUGGAUAAGAUGAAGCUUGAAGGCAAAAUCAGGAAGCUGCUGGGAGAUGAAUUUCAGGAAAAGGUGCCUUUUCUGUCUCCUCUAGAGGGCAACAUCUACCUGAAACUGGACAGCAGCAGCCACUCUAACGUCCAACACCAAGGCUUCCUGACGAUGUUUGAGUUGAUCAGUGGAUACGGGGUUUGGCAUCGCCGGUAUUUUGUCCUGGAGGGCUCCAACAUGUUCUACUGGAACCACCCAAACGACAAAGAAUCCAAGGAAGCAGAAGGCAACAUCUCCUUGUCCGGUUCUCCCAGUCGGUGCAUUCGUCCAGUCAAGAGAGAUGCUUGUGCUCGACCUUUUACCUUCGAGCUGGUGAGCAGCGUCACGCAGCAGGACGAGGAAGCUUUGGCCAAGUGUUGGUUUUCAGCUGACACCAAGCAGGAGAGGCUGGACUGGAUGGAGAAGCUGAACCAGACUCUUCUGGACUUUCACACGUGGAACCGAGCCCAAACAGGAAGUCAGCAGCUGAACAGUAGCAGCAGCCUCAGGGAGAGCAUUCUGUGAUGUCUUAGAACCAUGAAGGCAUCCUGGAGGUGGACGAGCUGAAAUCAGGGUUCAGGUUCUUCAUUUCAGAGCUACAUUUAACCAGACAAACACACGUUAUGUUGGUUUAUUUCUGGGCAUUUUGAUUUUUCUGUUUAUUUUAACCUGAAUCCAGUCAGUGUUGUUGGGUUUUUUUCUUUUAUUUACCAGUUGCCAUUUGAAUAUGUUUGGGUUUUUUGUUUUUUUUGGUUAAAAUCUGUUUUUAUUUUUUUCUUUGGCAAUCAGCUGCUUUCGCCUUCGUAGGCAACAUUAUUUGGUCACUUUCAGUAGCUAACGUGAAACUUCUCCUGUAGCGUGAAAUAAUUCACACCUAUAUUUAGAUUGUAUUUUUGUAUAUCGUUUAAAACUGGAAGGAUAAACACAUUUAUAGAGAUACUAAUAAAUAUCGAAGGACGUCUUUAACUCUAAUGAACUAAUGUAGGACGGGAACGAAUAUGAAAUGACAGGAAACACUAUGAAUUAUUAAGGUGUAGAAGCUGGUGAUUGAAUGGGAGAUUACAAUAUCUGCUUGUGUUUGGUCAAAUGUUACGUUUUGAUCCAUUCCAGGUGGACGUUUGUGCAGAUUUUGGUGCAUUAAACCAAAACCUUUGGGCUGUUAGGUGGCAGAUAUGUUAUAGAUUAUAAGAAGAACAAAUUUAAAGACUGUUAUUGUUCCGAUAAUGGAUUUUCAGCUUGUAAUUACAUCCCAUAGUGGAAUAAUUUUACAAUUGAAUGCAUUUUUUACUGUAGAGAAGGCAAAGUCUGUCUAAAUAUGAGAUGCUUAUUCAGAAAAAUAAGAUUAGCAGUGAAAAAAAUUAUCAUUAUUGUCUUUUUUGCAUUUGUAAACUUAAUAUUAUCGGCCCUGAAAUUCCACAUAUAAAAUAAUUUCUUUAAAAUGUGACAGGAUGACACUUGGUGCCUUAAGAAAAACCUGCAACACGUUACUUAAAUGUCUGGAUUUUUUACGUCCUACUACAAAAAAUCGAUUAAUUGUCAAGUUUUAAACCGAUUAAUCGAUUAUCAGAGUAACUAGAGAUUAAUUUGAGUAGUUAAAAAGAAAAAAUAUCUUCUUAAAUGUCAAUAUUUUCUGGUAAACUGAAUAUAUUUGGACAAAACAAGACUUUUAUCUUCCUUUUCUGACAUAUUACACCCCAGAUAACUGAUUAAUCCAGAAAAUGUUCAUUUGACUAAUCAGCAAUGGAAAUUAUGAUUAGUUACAGCCCUGUUUAACCUCUUAAGCACACGAUUGUUAUUACUGCACAUAUAUAAUCUAAAAUAUUUACUUAUGUAAGCACGUAUAUUACAUUUUGAAUGGGAGAACCGGUGGAGGAAGGAAUAUAGAGGGGACCGUAGUUUUGUAGUUGUGCUGCUACAGUGAAUGUGGUCUGUUCUGUGAUGUUCUGUUCUUUUCCGUGUAUUUCCACCUAUCAGUCCUGUCGCUUUUUGAAUGUUGUCGAUGUGAACUCUCAUUCUAUGCACUUAGUGGAAGGUACCAAUAAAAGAAAUGUUUCAAAAA